AACCAAAGUAAAAACACAGAAGCUUCUCCAUCUGCUCCCUCUCUGUGUAUAAAUAAGGUUGUUUAAAAGCCUUGUUUCAGCUUUGCCUUCUCAUACUCUUCCUUAUUUCUCUAUUACUUAUUCAUACACGUAGAUUACUUGCAACUCUUAAACAUACAUAUUACAUACAUAUAUCUCAUCUUCAUAUCCUAUACCUAAACACAUACGUAUACAUAUUACAAAUAUAUACACUACACUUUUCGGAUUGCUUUCUUUUGCCCUUCUUGAUUAUACUUACUCAUAGAGAUACAGAAUUACACACACAUAUACAUACAAAUAUUACUCAUAUAUGCCGAGGAUUAGUAUCGGCGGCUGCACGGCAACUCUAACGUUGUUGGCGGUGUUGUUGGGGACGACAACGGUGGUGUUAUGUGGAUUUCCGGCGACGUUGACGUUGGAGAGAGCUUUUCCGACGAGUCAUGGAGUGGAGCUGAGUCAACUCAGGGCUAGAGACUCGGCGAGGCACGGUAGAUUGUUGGAGUCAUCUGGCGGGGUCAUUGAUUUUCCGGUCGAUGGCACGUAUGAUCCUUAUCGUGUUGGGCUUUAUUUUACUAGAGUUCAAUUAGGGUCUCCUCCAAGAGAAUACUAUGUACAGAUUGAUACUGGAAGUGAUGUCUUGUGGGUUAGUUGCAGUUCUUGCAAUGGCUGUCCGACAUCAAGCGGACUUGAUCAGAUUCAACUUGAGAGCUUUGAUCCUUCCUCCUCCUCUACGGCUUCUUUAGUCUCAUGUUCAGAUCAAAGAUGUGCUCUUGGAGCUCAAACUUCUGACUCCGCUUGUUCUCGUCAGAGUAACCAGUGCAGUUAUACCUUUCAGUAUGGAGACGGUAGCGGUACAUCAGGUUAUUAUGUAGCAGACCUUAUGCAUUUUGACAUGGUUGUUGGCAAUUCAGUGAUUUCGAACACUACAGCACCUGUUGUCUUUGGUUGUAGCACUUCACAGACCGGGGAUUUGACAAAGCCGGACAGAGCUGUUGACGGGAUCUUCGGUUUUGGACAGCAGGGACUAUCUGUAAUCUCACAACUUUCUACCCAGGCAAUAGUUCCUGAUGCUUUUUCUCAUUGUUUAAGAGGAGGUGAUAAUGGUGGUGGUAUAUUAGUCUUCGGUCAAAUUGUGGAACCAAACCUUGUUUAUACUCCUCUCGUCCCAUCACAGCCACAUUACAACGUCAACCUGCUGAGCAUUGCUGUCAAUGGGCAGAGUUUACCCAUUGAUCCAUCGGUAUUCUCGACAUCAGGGAACCGAGGAACCAUAAUUGAUUCAGGAACAACACUGGCAUAUCUUGCAGAUCAAGUUUAUGACCCUUUUGUCAAUGCUAUUACACAAACUGUUUCAAAUUCUGUGAACCCUUUUCUUUCUAGAGGAUCCCAGUGUUUUUUCGUCAGUUCCAGUGUUUCCCAAAUAUUUCCCUCGGUAACUUUAAACUUUGCUGGCGGUGCAUCAAUGUUUUUAAAGCCCGAAGACUACCUUCUGAAGCAAAAUUCAGUAGGUGGAGCUACAGCAUGGUGUAUUGGCUUUCAGAAACUUCAGGGUCAAGAUAUUACAAUUUUAGGAGACCUUGUUCUGAAAGACAAAAUUGUUGUCUAUGAUUUGGGUGGCCAGAGAAUUGGAUGGGCUGAUUACGACUGUUCUUUGUCAGUAAAUGUCUCCACAACAUCAAGCUCUGGGACAAGGGAGUUUGUCAAUGCAGGACAAAUCGGUGGUAGCAGUUCUCUGCAAGAUAGUUUUAUGGAGCUGAUAUCCAUCAGCAUUAUAUCCUUAAUAUUGCACUUGUCGAUACUCUACAGUUUCCCAGUUCUGUGACAUCAUCUGCAGGUUACAGAAGUCUUAUAGCAUCCAUUCUUUCUUACCUAUUGUUACAGUGUUCUGGCCCCUCAGGCCGAUAGUUUUUAUUUAUGGAGAGCGGAGAUACUAUAUGUUAUUAACAAAAUUGGGGCUGACUGCAGCUGCUAUGCUCUGCCCAUGGCAUCUGUAAGUCUAGUUUGGGACACUUAUGGUAAUUGUUAGGUUUUUAGCCAAUAUAGAAUGGAUAAUUCUUAUAGGGUUCUCCUGUAUAUUACUUAUACAUGUAGAUUCAUUGUAAUACAUGCAUAUAUGCAAUACAAUUUUUCUGCUUGCA